AUGUCCACCGACCUGGAGCGAAUGUCCCUGAACUCGUCGGCCAGUUCCCUGGUGUCGGGAGGCGGCUCCGGCGGCCGCUCUCUGUCCUCCAACGUCAGGAAACUGCACAACGCUCUCAAUGUCUUACUGAGCGACUACGAGAGGGAACAAUUCAUCCACUGCCUCAAUGUCUACCAUUGCAAGAGGAAUGUCUACGACCUGGUGCAGACGCUCAAAGUUAUCCUCAACAGCCAGGGCAAGAGGCAGCUCUUGCCAAUGCUCCGCCUGGUCAUCCCCAGGUCAGACCAGCUCCUGUUUGACCGCUACACCUCCGAGGGGUUGUACUUGAAAUCCGACCUGUUGUCCGGCAAUGGGACUCUGGGCACCGGCACUGGAGGCGCUGCCAACGCCGGACACUUCCAUGUAAGUGCAGCGCCGUUCCCUCUCUCCUCUCCGCGAAGUCCCUCUGAGAUGCCUCCGUCCAGAGCAGUGCAGACCACUUUCAGCACCGAGCAAGGGACAGCUCCUCCUCAGCAGGGCUUCAAAGAAAGCUUUGGGGAGGUCAGGCUGGUGGCAUUGAGGCGAAACAAAACUAACGAAGGGUUGGGCUUCAGUAUCCGAGGAGGGUCCGAACAUGGGGUCGGAAUCUAUGUGUCUCUUGUUGAGCAAGGUUCAUUGGCUGAGAAAGAGGGACUUCAGGUGGGAGAUCAGAUCUUACGUGUCAACGACAAGCUGUUUGAGAAAGUCACCCAUGGGGAUGCUGUGAAAGUGCUGAAAGGUUCCAAAAAGCUGACCCUGCACGUGCGCUCGGUCGGCCGUAUCCCGGGGGGCUACAUCACCAACCACGUGUACACCUGGGUGGACCCUCUGGGCCGCAGCGUCUCCCCCCCGGGGGACCUCCUGGAGCACCAGAGCAGCUCAUUACGGCGGAAGGACAGCGAGAAGAGAAGCAACCUCCAGCUGCUCCGAGACGGAGAUGAGAAGAAGGUGAACCUGGUCCUGGAUGACGGGAAGUCACUGGGGCUGAUGAUCCGAGGCGGUGCUGAGUAUGCGUUGGGCAUCUACAUCACUGGGGUGGACCAGGGAUCCGCAGCUGAACACACGGGCCUCAAGGUCGGGGACCAGAUUUUAGAGGUGAACGGGAGAAGCUUCCUCAGUAUCCCUCAUGAUGAGGCUGUGAGCAUCUUGAAGUCCUCACAUCACCUGAUGAUGACCAUAAAGGAUGUGGGCCGCUUGCCUCACGCUCGCACCAUCGUGGACGAGACAAAGUGGAUCUCAGGUUCAGAGCUGAGCGAGAGCGUGACCUCUGGAGGCCACACAGGGAUCCCUGGGGAGGACAUUGGCCAGGCUGCGGCUAAGCGUUACAUGGCCGGGUUCAUUGAUGAGGACAACCAGCCCAUCUUUUACAAGGGUCUGGCGGGGUCACAGGUCAUGCUGAGCAGCCUGGUGAGCCAGGCGAGGGCCAUGCUGGAUGAACAGGCCAGGCACCUGUUGAACGAGAGUGAGCGAGCCACCAUGAGCUACUACCUGGACGAGUACAAAGACAAUCACAUUAGCAUCGAGGCCCUAGUGAUGGCUCUCUUCGAGCUCCUCAACACUCAUGCCAAGUUCUCUCUGCUUUCUGAGGUCCGCAGUGUAAUCACAGCCCAAGAUCUGGACAGAUUUGAUAAUCUAGUCCUGAAACGUGAGAUUGAGUCAAUGAAAGCUCGGCAGAACUCCAGCACUGGGACUGAUUCCUACUCUGUCAUGUCAUAUGGGGACACGGCAUCAUCGUCUGUUAGUUACUACACGUCUACGACUCUGAGUUCUGCCAGGAACGAUACAGACCUCGAAAGUGCCAAUGACCGGCUGCAGGGAGAUAUUGACCAGCUGCCAGACGUCUCUCUGGACGAUGUCCGUUCAUUUUCUGAAAAUCCCCCCAACUUCAAACCUCCACUGCCCCCCGACCCUCCUGACCCCUCCCCCAGCCACACCGCUGGCCACGCCCCAGCCCCCUCCCCCGCCCCCAGCUACGCCCAGCAGCGCAGGACAAUCCAAGAGAGACCGAAGCGUAGUUCACCCUCCGAGACCUCCUCACACUCCGGCCUCUUCUUCACGACCCCUCGGAGCCCCUCGGGGGUCCGGCCGGUGCCCGGGUCUGACAGCUCUGGCGAACGCUCGUCCUUCUCUUCGUCCUCGGUCAUGUCGACAGAUGAUUCCGCCCACGGCUCCUCCCGGCCCCCCAGCGCCAGGAGCGAGGUGGGGGCUCAGCUCUGCCAGGUGUCGCAGCACCCCAUCGGCCCCUUCCCCAGGGUGAGGUCUCCCACUCGUAGGCCACCCAGCCCUCACCAGUCCACGUCCCCACCCCUCCAUCCGCCAUCACCAUCCCGGCUGCCCCCAGCUCUUCAAUCCUCCACCCACUAUAUAAUGGUGGAAGUCCACCAGCCAAACAGCGAGCCUGAUGUCAACGAAGUCCGUGCGUUGCCCCAAUCCAGAGGCAAGUGUCCCCUGUUCCCAACAGCCGUGGCCCUGUCCCAGCUCUCGGACAGUGGGCAGACGCUCAGUGAGGACAGUGGAGUGGACGUGUGUGACGCUGCGGGGAACAGCAAGGACACCAGCCCCGUCCCCGUGACGAGCAAAACCGGCAAAGACGCCCCCACUAAUGGGAGUCAACCUGAAGGACCCUCAAAGCCGCCGGGGCUGUUAGAGCCAACCUCAGUCCUAGUGAGAGUCCCCAAGAGCGCGGCCACACUGGGAAUCGCCAUCGAAGGAGGAGCCAACACUCGGCAACCACUGCCUCGUAUAGUCACCAUCCAGAGGGGUGGCUCAGCACACAACUGUGGCAAGCUGAGGGUGGGCCAUGUGAUCUUAGAGGUCAACGGCGUUACACUCUACGGGAAGGAGCACAAAGAGGCGGCGAGGAGAAUCGCGGAAGCGUUUAAAACCAAAGAGAGAGAUUACGUGGAUUUCCUGGUAACAGAAUUCAAUGUUGCACUUUAGGGAACACUGUAAAGAUGGUGAACGCUGCUGCUAACACUGCUCCUCUUGUGAAAUCAAGUGAAAUCAGGCUUCACAGCAGAGAUGAAGAACCUCCAAACACAGUAUUGACAUCUCUUUCUAUUGAGGAUCUUGGAAAGCCCCAGUUGACUGAAUCGAUCUGAUCGAUGACCCACACACCAAACAAUGAGUGGAAAUACAAGUCGCUCUAUGGAAUUCCUUGUUUCAAUGCUGAUCAGCUUAUUUGACCGGUUGUUGAAAAACUUACCUGGAUGUAACAGUUAAUUCCGUAACUUUUCUUUUGCUGCAAUUGAUUAAUAUUAAUUAUUGAUUAUGCGAAUCAACUUGAAUCGGGAACAUUGAUUACUUUACAGAUCAUAGUGUUGGCUGA